GUCUGCCGUGCAGCUCCGCAGUCUUUCUCUCCCUCCCCACUUCCUAUCCACUUCAUUAACACAUAUAUCCAAGCAACAAGCCCUCUCAUCCCGCUAUGUCGGCCGCCAGCACCGAAACCAGUGCCCCUCUGCCCACCGCAGGCGGCCGCGUCUUCUUCCAAGGUGCGCCCCCCGGUGUGGGCUGCGUGAGCUCCGGCCCCAUCAACGGUGAGGACCCGGUGCAGAAGAAGCAGGGGAAAGUGACGGUCAAGUACGACAGGAAGGAGCUGCGGAAGAGACUCGUGCUGGAGGAAUGGAUCAUCGACGAGCUCAGCAAGUUGUAUGACUGUGAGGAGGACGAGAUGCCAGAGGUGGAGAUUGACAUUGAUGACUUGUUGGAGGUCAACAGUGAUGAUGAGAGAGCCAGCAAACUACAGGAAUCCCUAACAGACUGCUACAAACCCACAGAGAACUUUGUCAGUGAGUUGCUGUGCAGGAUAAGGGGGAUGAGGAAACUCAGCGCUCCGACCAAGAAGGGCCUAUAAUGGCUUACUUGUCCAGUAUCAACCAACCAUAAACUACAUCACUACAGCUUCACCUACUUUACUCACCCAACAUGAACUGUCAUAAUGCAGAAUUGUUUAUCAAAACUCUAGGAAACACCCCGCAAUCUGCCAACAUGCACCACGAUAUCCAUAAUCUGGCACCCGUCAUUCAUUUUAAAGCACAGAGGAUUACAAGUCAUGAUAACAUAAGACUGUUGACAAUUACUUGCGCAAAAAAAAGAAAAGAAAGAAAAGAAACUGUGUGUUUUGAGUGAUGGAUAAAAUGUCCAGCCCAGGAAUGUGCCCGUAUGUUUAUAACAAGAAUAUCACCACCUAAAUCUAGAUGUUCAAUUCACACUUUUUUAAGACCAAAAGAAUUGGGGAAAAAAAAAAACAAAAAAAAAACUUUAAGACAAAACAAGAAAGACAUUAAUCAAAGGAGGUGGUUUAAAAAAAGUUACUGUAGGUGCACAAUUAGCUGUAGCUCUAUACAAACACAAUUCUUCAUAAUUAAGUUUUUUCUUCUUUUACUGGAGUGUCUGCUGUUACGUCACAAGAAAAAACAAAACAAAAAAAAACAUAUGUGGUCAUUUCUUGUUCACGUGAGUCAAAAGUGGUUUGACAGCCAUUUUUUCUCGUCAACCUUUUUGUCCACAUCACAUCAGUGCUAUGAGAUGCGAAGGAGAGCUGUUCUUUUGAUUUUUAAGCACAGAGCGUUAUAAUUAUACAUAAUUAAUCUGUUCGGUCCAUUGUUUUAAUGUAAAACCUCUGACUGGAGUGGCGACAUAUUUAACGAAACACUACCAAUAUUUUUGCUAGUUAUUAAAUGUUGUACUUUUCAUCUCAGCAAGGCAUGAUGGGUGUUGCAGUUCUCCGUUUCGAGACUACAAAAACCUGUAUGAUUGGCAGCCUUUCAUUGAUCGUGUUCUUCGUGCUCCGUCCGAGGGCUGAUGUGACCAUUUAUGCUCCGACGUUGGAGGUUAUUCUCAUUGGCUUCAUUUACUUCCGCCAACAUGUUUUUUUCUGAUAACGGACAAUGUUGCCUUUAAGGACAUUCAGGAUGAGUUCCUCAAGCCUCAGCUACCGACAGACAGCUGAAGGGUAAAUGUCGUGAGGUCAAACAUGCAGUACAUUGGUUGUAAAGAGUUCACACACUCCUAUUAAAACACCAGAGUUAUGUGAUGUAAAAAAAAUUCGCUAAGAUAAGUGAUUUUAGAGUGUUUUCCACCUUUAAUGUGUCCGAUAACACGCGCAACAAAAUUUUUUUUAAAUAUUGAAAUCUUUUGGGGUAAUGAAACAAUAAUGUGGUUGCACAUACACAAGAAAAUGCUUUGUCGCAGCUGCUUUGGGUUUUAUUGUCACACCGCCCUCAUGCAUCAAGACCACGCAAAGUUUCCCGACUGCCCUUUAAAAUUGUGAAGUUGUCUUCCGUGUUCUUGCGAUUGACACUUUUUGACGUCGAGAUCCUGCUGAUGAUUUAAAAGCUCUACGCAAACCACGGCUUUCUCUGUGACAUGGAAAAACCUGCCACAAUUGUUGAAUUGUAUUUAGUGUUAAUCAGAGGCACUUUGAUUAACACCAAAAUUUCCCUAAAAUGCAAAAUGUUUUUUUUUUUUCCUUUUGAUCGAGAUGCUUAAAGGUCACAUUAAAGGUGGAAAUGUUUCAGCAUCACUAAAAUCUCCCAUUCAAACAGGGGUGUGGUAACUUUUUAGAUCCAUUUGAAAGGCAACACUCCAAUCAGUCAUGUUCUGUAACUGAGUGUGUGCAAAAUGUCAUGUGUCCUGAGUCAUAAUUUUCAUGCUGAAUUUUAAAACAGACUGUUUUUUAGGUUAUAACUAAGAGAAUACAAACUUUAAGGCGUUUAAACCUGUGCAUUUUGCAGAGGAUGCUGCAACUGCAUAUAACCAGGUUUAAAAGGAUGAAGAUGAAGGUAUCAAUUAAUGAUGGUGGCCUUUAAUUACACCAACAACACCAACAAACCUGUAGACUCUGAUACAAUCACGCAUUAUGGCUUUGGGCUCAGUAAUUUUCAAAGUAGAUGUACCAGUUAGAUCGGGGCAGACUAACACCUGCCACUGGAUCCAUCAACUUCUAAAGAAAAAAAGCAGAACAAUGUUGGUUUAAAACAUAAGAGAGACACCCAUUUGCAUGCUAACAACAGAGAUUCAUAGAGAGUAUAAUAUAAUCUUAUAUUUAAGCAAAAAACCAUCUUUUUUUGACUUGCCUAAGAUGUAUGACUUUGUAGAUCAAUUACUGUGGAGUCAACGUGAGUGUCACGUUGGAAAGAAUCCAGGAAAAAUUUAAAUGGUGCUGUUUUUGAUGUUCUUCCCAGAAUUUAGUUGUGUAUAAAAAAAGCGUUUUCACUGUUGAAUGAUGCCAGAGAAAUGUGUUUGAAAGAAACAUGUCUGUUUAAAACCGGAUUUUAUCUUUUUUUUUUUUUUCCCUCAGUGGGUACUGGCCCAGUUAAGGGUAUAACGUGUAACAAAGAUCGCAUGUUUGCCAGAUGAAGCCAUUAAUGGAAACUGGGAUACAUUUUUGCUGAGGUCAUCUAAACUAUUUUCUCUCAAGGAUCAGUUCAGGGACAAGAGGCUGAUAUUUUAUAAGUUAUUGGAUUUCAUGUGGAGAGUGUUUUGAAAGUGACUGUUUUAGAAAGCUUUACAUUUGCAUGAAUUUUUAAAGUAGCAUGUCGAGGGGGAAACAUUUUUUUUGCCCAAAGUUGUGUUUUGUUUUUUUUUUAUUUCAUAAAUUUAAACACUUUCCUUUUUAUACAUUUACAAUGAUUAAUGCUAUUGCUUUUAUCACUGAUGCUAGGAAUAACCUAUUCAGGUUUUAAGCUGAACUUUUACUUCGUACAUCCACAAUGAGUAUUCCUGUUUAUAAAAUGUAAUGUGGUGUGUGGUUUGUUUUUUGCUGAUAAAGAAAAUAAAUAAAAAAAUGCAGAAUA